AUGGCAAUUAAAAAACGGGUGGUCACUGUCUUCGGAGCGACUGGACUUCAAGGCAACUCUGUCACUUGUUCACUCUUAAGAGACCAAGUCUCCAACUUCCAGGUCCGGGCGAACACCCGAAAUCCCGAAUCUGAGAAGUGCCAAGUGCUGCACAAACUCGGUGUGGAAGUUGUUAAAGGAAAUGGGUGGAACAAGGAUGACAUGCAGAGGGCCUUCUCUGGUUCCUGGGGAGCGUUCGUGAAUACAAAUUCCGAUGAUCCGAUCUUCAGCCAGCCCGGUGGACCUACGGAGUUUGAUCUCGGAAAGAUCGUUGUUGACGGUAUGGUUGCCGGUGGAGUGAAGAACCUUGUUCUCAGUUCCAUGAGGCCGGCUGGAGAAGCAACCGGGGGAAGGAUGAAGAUCAAGACAAUGGACAUGAAAGCCUCUAUUGCGGAAUAUGCUCAAGAAAUGGGUCAAUUUGAAACGAUCGCCUUCAUCCAUGCAGGGUGGUAUUUUGAGCUGUUUCUGUCUGAAAAGAUGGCCAAGCUUCACCAAGGAUUUCCCUAUUUCCCCGAUGCCGAGGGCUACUUGAGUCUUCACUUGCCGAAGUGGGGAAAUGACAGCGGUGCGCCCUUUAUCGCGAUCGUGGACGACUUUAGUGACCUCGUCCAUGGAAUUCUGCUUGACCCGAAACACUGGAAUGGCAAGACAAUUCAGGCUGUGAGCGAUAUUCAAUCUCUGCCUCAAUUCGUCCAAACCUUCUCCGAAAGUACUGGAAAGAAAGCACGCUAUGUCCCAUUGCCAUCUUGGCAAAGCCUUGGCGAAAGCAUUCCUGAAAUGGAAGAUGGCAGGCUGCUAUUUGCUUAUGGUGAAGCCACUAACGGCCGUUACUUUGUUGAGGACUCUUGCACCGAUGUACCUCUGGAAUUGAAAAGGCUCGCUGCUGCUGCUCAAGGAAAAGAUGCAUCAACUGUAAGUUUGGCAUCAUUGAGUUCGUGGUUUGCCAAGAAACUUGGCACAUCUCGGGCCUGA